UGAGCUGAGCGACAAGCGACGAUGUUAACCUGCGUUUGCCGGCCCGUAUCGGGCAAUCUGCCCAAAAUGCCGCAUGCCUCAUCCAUACUGCCGAACGCCUCUAGAGCAGCAGCGUUUAACGCCAGCACGCGCAGCGGCGGCGGCGGCGGCAGUGGCAGCGGCAGCGGCUGCGACAGCAACAGCAGCGAAAGUCAGAGUCCCAUACACGCGGUGGUCACAUGCGAGCCAAAGUUGAACGUGCCCAGCAGGCUGACGUCAGCCGAACUGAGGGCGAUGGCGCUGCGACAGCAGCAGCAAAUCGACAGCCAGCAUCAGCUGCUGGCCACAAAGGAGCAGCGAUUGCGUUUCCUUAAAUCGCAGGAGGUGCGCAGCGCCGUCGCCAGUGCCGAGGGCGAGCGACUGCGACGACUGCGGGAGCGUGUCGAGGCGCAGGAGACAAAGCUGCGACGCCUACGCGCGCUGCGGGGUCAAGUGGAUCUGCAGAAGACCUACAAUGUAACGCUGAGCAAUGAUUUGGACUCGAUACGCGCGCUGUUUAGCGAAAAGGAAAAGGAGCUAAGCCUGGCGGUGGCCAAGGUGGAGGCGCUAACGCGACAGCUGGAGGAGCUGCGACGCGAUCGACGCUGCCCGGUGAAUCUCAUGGCCCCAGGCAAUGGCAACAGCCAAACGCUGCCGCCACAAGCGACGCGAGAGCUGGAGAAGCUGCGCAGAGAAUUGAUGUAUCGCAAUCAGCUGAGCCUGCAACAGGAUGCGCGGCUGCAUAUGCAACGUGAGGCGCUGCAGCAGCGUCAAGCGGAGCUGCGCUCAGUGGAUCAGCGCAUAUAUGAGCUGCAGACGCGACUGCAGCGCAAGAAGCAAGCGAACACGCAUCAGCAGCAGCAGCAGCAGCAACAAACAGCAGCAGCAGCAGCACAACAGCAGCAGCAACAACAACAGCAGCUGCUUAAGCAAGGCGGCGUUGCUGCUUUGAAGCAACAAUUGCUGCAGAAGCAAGUGAAUCAGCUGGCUGCUGCUGCAGCGGCGGCUGCUGCUGGACGCGCCGCUGAGCGUGCCAUAGCGCGUGGCAGCGUCAAUGUUGCUGCCGUCGAGCCUUUCAUACAUACGCCACAGAAAUCGAAUAUAACCAGCACUGCAAACUUUCUGCAUGCCAAUGGCAACAUGCUGAAGCAUGCGGCAAGCGCCAAUACGAAUCAACAGAAUCAGCUAAUACAGGACCUGAGCCACAGACAGCACCACCAGACAGCAGCAGCAGCAGCCACAGCAGCAGCCACAAGCAGCGAAAGCGAUGAAAGCAAGUUGGCUAAGAAGGCAAAGCAGGCGCAAACAGAGGCCAUGGAUAGCACAACGCAUAUUUAUGCUGAGGUGGGUCCCAAGAAACGCGAACGUGAAGCGGCAGCAGCAGCAGCAGCAGCAGCAGCAGAGGCAGCAGCAGCAACAACAACAGCAGCAGCAGCAGCAGCAACUGCAAGCAAAAUACCCAAAAGCAUUGCAAGCGCCAGCAAUUCAAAUACAGCAGCUGCGCUUAUUAACAAACUUAAUCAGCAGCAACAAUCGACAGCAGCAGCAGCAGCAAAGGACGAGCAACAUGAGAUUGCUGUAACCAGCGAAACGCUCUCGGAACGCAACACGCAGCAGCAGCUAACAGUGCACAGCAUGCCGCUGGGUGCGGUAAGCAAAUCUGUUGCACUUGCAGUGGCCAACAACAAGCCGCUGCAGCUGCAGCUGUGCAAUUUGGCUGUGCCGCCGCGCAAACCCAUAAGCAGCGUAGCGCCCACAACAGUCAGCGGCUCAGCCAGCGCCAUACCCAAAAUGAUUACAUACAGUCCCAAGGUGAAUCGCGUGGCGCCCAAUGUGCUUACCGAAGCGCGUCCUGCGCUGCCGCCCAAGCCCAGCAAACUGUCGCCCACUGAGGCAGCAGCUGAGCCAGCAGCCGCUACCAGCAGCAGCAGCAGCAGCAGCAACAACUUUGCGCUGCAAAUCAAUGACAAUUUGCCCAUCAAGGCAAAGCCCUUGACCAUACGCAAGCAGCCGCUGUUUGAGCAGCCGCCGCGUCUGAAGGCAACGCCCGCUGCCAGCAAAGCCAACAGCAGCUUGCAACAGCGCAAGACAGUGGAGACGCCGCCGCAGUGCAAGGAGUCCACAACGCCGCCGCAGCAGCAUUCACCCAACAGCAGCAGCAGCAGCAGUCAGGAUGAGCCAGAUCGCAUUUCACAGCCGCCUGCAGUCGAUGUCAGCAGUUCCAUUAAAGAACGCACCACAGCCAGCAAGCCUAAGCUGGGCAGACGCGUUAGCUUCGAUCCGCUUGCGCUGCUGCUGGACGCCAGUCUUGAAGGCGAGCUGGAGCUGGUUAAGAAAACAGCCAUGCAGGUAGCCAAUCCAAGUGCAGCCAACGAUGAGGGCAUCACAGCGCUGCACAAUGCCAUAUGCGCUGGACACAUUGAUAUAGUCAAAUUUCUGGUGCAGUACGGCUGCGAUGUUAAUGCGCAGGAUUCGGAUGGCUGGACGCCGCUGCAUUGCGCUGCCAGUUGCAACAAUUUGUCUAUGGUCAAGUUCCUCGUUGAGAGCGGCGCUUGUUUGUUUGCCUCAACGCUGUCGGAUCAUGAAACACCCGCUGAAAAGUGUGAGGAAGAUGAGGAAGGCUUCGAUGGCUGCUCCGAGUAUUUGUAUAGCAUUCAAGAGAAGUUGGGCAUUCUGCACAACGGCGAUGUCUACGCUGUGUUCGCUUACGAGGCGCAGAACAAUGACGAGCUUAGCUUCCAGGUGAACGAGCCGCUGAUCGUGCUGCGCAAGGGCGACGAUGCGGAGAACGAAUGGUGGUGGGCACGCAGCGCCAGCGGCAGCGAGGGCUACGUGCCACGCAAUCUCCUGGGCCUUUAUCCACGCGUGCCGCCGCAAUCGCCGCAGUUCAGUGAUUAGCAGUUAAUACGCUAUACCAUAUUGAAGCGCAAGGCUGGCAGGCUCAUACAAAAGCGUUAUAUAUCCAAGUACAUUUGAGGCACGUGCUCAGCACUCACUGGAGCAGCAGCAGCAGCUGUGUCGACUCUCUGGACCACAAGGCGUAUUAGUUAUGAGCUGGAAUUAUUUAUCACAGCGCAUGUUGUUCUUUCCUGUUUACUUUUUGUUACGAAAAGCCACAUGAAGGAAGCAAAGCACCCCACCUCACCCACUCACACACACACACACACACACAUGCAUAUAUACAUAUAUGACAAGUUGUGAGUCCACCCUGCUAUAUCUUUUGCCACAUCAAAUGUUGCAACAAUUUGGCAGGCUGCCGUAGCAAUACAAUUAGCCAGCCCCUGUCCCCCGCCUUGUCCUGCACACGUACAAUAAAUUGCAUUUCACCACCGCCCACUUACCACACUGCAUUCCACUAGAUUAAGUGCUAGACUAAUAACUUAAGCAGACCCCAAACUUGCCACAAUUUGCUGCAGCAACAAAAAUGUUUGCAAAUUGUUAUUAAAACUUAACAGCUACGCAAAUUUAUGAUUGUUAAGCUUAAUGAAUAUUAAAGCGUUUUUUUAUGUUGCUUAAAUUUAAUGUACAGUAAAUGCAGCGACUGUUGCAAACACACACACGCAUAGAACACAAAGUACUUAAUACAUAUGUUAAUAAUACGAUUAAUUAUGUAAUACAUAGCUUAUUUACCUACUUACUUGUUAGCCUUAACAAACAACAAAAAUC